AUGGCUGAUAAUAAUAAAGGCCCAAGAAGAAAGAAACAGGAGAAUGUGGCAGCAGACUGCAUUGAUUCAGGGGAGGACCUCAAAGAUUUUGUUAUUGAACAUAUACCACCAAAAGGUCUUGGUGUUAGAACAACAAUAAAUAGAACAAAAGGAGAUUUCUUAAUGAUUUGUCCCGGCGAACUGAUAACAGAAAGAGAAGGGGAAGAACGUGAAGAACGUGAACCAUCCGUGUUUAGAUACUUCUUCCAAUAUAAAAGGAAAGGGUGGUGUAUGGAUGCUACUAGUGAAUUAGAUGUUGGGCCUCGGCUAGGUCGUCUGGUGAACCACGGUGGUAAAGGUAAAAAUUGUGUUAUGAAAACCCUGGAGUUCAACAAAAGGCCAUAUCUUUGCUUGUUUGCUGCUAAAGAUAUUCCACAAGGUGAAGAGUUACUGUAUGAUUACGGCAUUGAGGAUUUGCCUUGGGAGAGAAAAGCUGACACAGAAUUGGUGGCCGCUACUGACAAUCUGGAGAACAUGCUGGAGGCCCAGACUACAGACAAUCUGAAGAACAUGCUGGAGGCCCAGACUACAGACAAUCUGGACAACACGCUGGAGGCCCAGACUACAGAUAAUCUGGAGAACAUGCUGGAGGCCCAGACUACAGACAAUCUGGAGAACAUGCAGGAGGCCCAGACUACAGACAAACUGGACAACACGCUGGAGGCCCAGACUACAGACAAUCUGGAGAACAUGCUGGAGGCCCAGACUACAGACAAACUGGACAACACGCUGGAGGCCCAGACUACAGACAAUCUGGAGAACAUGCUGGAGGCCCAGACUACAGAUAAUCUGGACGAAAUGCUGGAGGCCCAGACUACAGAUAAUCUGGAGAACAUGCAGGAGGCCCAGACUACAGACAAUCUGGACAACACACUGGAGGCCCAGACUACAGACAAUCUGGAGAACAUGCUGGAGGCAGAGACUACAGACAAUCUGGAGAACAUGCAGGAGGCCCAGACUACAGAUAAUCUGGACGAAAUGCUGGAGGCCCAGACUACAGAUAAUCUGGAGAACAUGCAGGAGGCCCAGACUACAGACAAUCUGGAGAACAUGCUGGAUAAUAUUACAGCUUUUGAGGUCUCAAAAGUACUGAUGUCAUCAAACACAUGCUGGAGAAUUAAACGUUACAUUUGGAAAAACAGUAAUUUAUUGACAAACAUAUAA